CUUGCUUUACUUGGACCCCUUCAGUAUAGCAAAAAAUGGUGGAGUUGUUCAACGUCAACACGGGGAGGCAACCUGGGGGUGUUUCUUUCUGUUAAAGAACAAAUCCCUUCUCCGGAUCUGCAGUCCUUAGAAGCCAGAGACCUUCACGAUCUUCCCCAACAUGCCUGACCGAAAAAGUCCUUGUGCUUUGGUGAUGAUCUCUGUGUCACUUUAGCCACUGAAAGAGGCAACAUUUUCUGUGCAUAACGUGCUUAAAGAUUAACUCUGGUUGAUUUGAUUGAUAUGUUCAGUUGAAGAAGCAAAUGAUGGGCUGCCAGAGUCUGAUAUGAAACACUACUUCGCCCAUCUUUUAUAAAUUUCCGGAAAUAUGGUAUUCAAUAAAGUUGCGGAGUUCUUUUCUGCUGCAGGAACUUAUCUAUCAGUGCCUAAGUCUUCUAAUCCCUCACCAGGAUUGCCUCCUCUGCCAGUCUCUGUUCGUGGGUUUUCUUUUGCAAGCAAAGGGCAGAAAAAUAAUUUGCGGCUCUCCUCAUCCCUUCAAGAUUUCUCUACUUAUCAGCAACUUGAUCCUGAAGAGGGUCAUAGUUUCCUUGAAUUCCAGAAAAAUACAAGUAAUUCAAAACAGUCUAAUCUGUUGCUAAGAGAGGAUGCUGGAUCAAGUUUUUCAAAGGAGAAGGCCAACCCAGUGGUUGCUUCUGCCCAAAAGAAAUGGACUCGAGUUUUCUUACUUCUCCUCUGCGUACUAUUAUUUGCUUUUGUUGUUUAUGUAUCACAACAUUUAUACUUUAGUUGGUCUCAAGGGGCACCCAAAUACUAUGUAGUGCUUGACUGUGGUAGCACUGGGACCCGUGUCUAUGUCUAUGAAGCUUCUGUGCAUCAGAAAAGUGAUGGCAGUCUCCCUAUUUCAUUGAGGUCACUGCCAGAAGGGUUUAAGAGAAAAUCAAGUUUGCAGAGCGGGCGAGCUUACAACCGAAUGGAGACUGAACCUGGGUUUGAUAAGUUGGUGCAUAAUAUAUCUGGACUGAAGGGAGCGAUAAAACCACUUGUUCGCUGGGCAGAGAAGCAAAUCCCUGUGCACGCACAUAAGUCUACCUCCCUCUUCUUGUACGCAACAGCUGGGGUUCGCAGACUGCCAAGUACAGACUCGGAAUGGCUUCUUAAUAAUGCCUGGUCCAUUUUGAAAAGUUCUUCUUUUUUGUGUAAGAAAGAAUGGGUUAAGAUUAUCACUGGCAUGGAGGAAGCAUACUUUGGAUGGAUUGCGUUGAAUUAUCAUACUCAUGUUUUGGGUGCUGUACCUAGGAAAGAAACCUUUGGUGCCCUUGAUUUGGGUGGUUCGUCAUUGCAGGUUACUUUCGAGAGCAAUGAUGGGGUGCGAGAUGAAAGUAGUUUAAAGCUGAGCCUUGGCCCUGUUAAUCAUCGCCUCAGUGCCUAUUCAUUACCUGGAUUUGGAUUAAAUGACGCCUUUGACAAGUCGGUUUUUCAUCUUCUGAGGAAGCACCCUCAAAUUGGUAGUGCAGAUCUUCUUAAUGGGAAAGUUGAAGUUAAGCAUCCCUGUUUGCAAUCUGGUUAUAAAGAGCAAUAUGACUGUUCUCAUUGUGCUUCCCUUUAUGAAAAUGAUGGGACUCCUCCUAUUGGACAAAAGAAGUUUGGUACUGGAGGAAAACCUGUAAUACCUCUUCAGCUUGUCGGCACUCCAAAAUGGGAAGAGUGCAGUGCACUAGCAAAAAUUGCAGUCAAUUUGUCUGAGUGGUCAGAUCAAAGUCAUGGAAUUGAUUGUGAGUUGCAACCUUGUGCUCUUGCAAGCAAUCUACCUCGGCCUCAUGGCAAGUUUUAUGCUAUGUCUGGCUUCUAUGUGGUGUAUCGGUUUUUCAAUUUGAGCUCUGAUGCUGCACUUGAUGAUGUCUUGGAAAAGGGUAAGGAAUUUUGUGAGAAAACGUGGGAUGUUGCAAAGAUAAGUGUUGCACCUCAGCCCUUUAUUGAACAAUAUUGCUUCAGAGCACCAUACAUUGUGUCAUUGCUGAGAGAGGGAUUGCACAUUACAGACAGUCAUGUAAUUGUUGGGUCUGGGAGUAUUACGUGGACACAGGGUGCUGCUCUGUUGGAAGCUGGGAAAGCAGUUUCAACAAGGUUGGAAUUUCAGAGUUAUGAGAUAAUGCAGAUGAAGAUAAAUCCCGUUGUUAUUUAUUCAAUUUUGAUUGUUUCAUUUUUUAUUCUACUUUUCGCAUUAUCCUGUCUUGGCAACUGGAGGCGAAAAGUUUUCCGUAAGCCAUACCUCCCACUUUUCAGGCACAAUAGUGCCUCAGCGGCAUCAGUUCUGAGGUUCCAGCGAUGGAGCCCUAUCAGUUCAGGGGAUAGAGUUAAGAUGCCGCUUAGUCCAACUAUUCAAGGCACUCAACCAGGACCAUUUGACACAGGGCAUGGUUUUAGCGGGGGUGGAAUCCAGCUUACAGAAUCUUCCAUGUACCCAUCCUCCAGCAAUGUGUCACAUAGUUAUUCAUCAGGCAGCUUGGGCCAGAUGCAAUUUGACAAUAGUACCAUGGGUUCAUUUUGGGGACCACAUCGAAGUCAGAUGCAGCUCCAGAGCAGGAGAUCGCAGUCUAGGGAAGACCUUAAUACUUCACUGGCUGAGGCACACUUGGCGAAGGUCUAAGAAUGUCCUGAUUUUUUUGCCUGCCUGAAAUAUCCAUGUUGGGCAAUGUGAAUCCAGUGCAAUGGAUUUGGGAUCCUGAGCGGGAUCAAUCAUUUUACAUCUUCAUGAAGGGGAUGCCUUUGCAGGUGAAGAGCUGGCUGACUGCAGCUGGCUAUUUUGGAGAGAAUUUUCCUAAAUGCGAUUUGGAGGACGGUCUUUGGAAAGACUUUUGCUGCUAAAUGAUGGAGUUGAGCGGUAGCGGAUGCAAUCAGCCAAAAAGUCUCUAAUGAUGAUUACUGAUGUUGACAGGAGUUAGAGUUUGUGAAUAUUAUUAAGACUAACUUUGUUAUGGAUCUCACCUAAAACAGGCUAUUGAAGUAAGUUGACAACACCAAUGGUGCACUCCGGCAGAAAUGCAGACAACUGCUGAAUAUCAAGAGGGAGUUUUGCAGUCUUCUCACCCGUUUCUUGAUUGGUUGACAAAUGAUGAUGGUAAAGCACAAUGACACAUCUUAACAACUUUUUUCACAAGUUUUGGGUACUUACUCGGUUACUCCCAUGGACACGCGACCAAACAUUCUGUUAUUGAAAACAAUCUUGACAAAUUCAUCAGCUCAUUAGUAUAUUCUUUUGACACUUUUCUCUGGA